CCCAGCGCCUACUGGACCCCUCUUCAUCCGGUACCGACACCUCCGAAAGGAUGUGACUAAAGGAUCUCUUGGCUCUCACGGCUGCUAUGGACGUCCUCUGAUACCAGAUCGUGCUGGCUUCCUUUUGGAUGUAGACGAUGGUGUUGUUUCUGACCGGAGUCUCCAACAGUUCUUCUCAUGACAACCACACGGCAGGAAGCCCCUCCCAUCAGGGCGGGCAUGUGCUGCCCUCCACGCUGAUCUUGUCUCUGGUCCUCAUCGUGGUGGUCCUGCUGGCCAUCUACUGCCUCAGGUUCAAGAACCACAGGAAGGCUCUGGUGAAGUCGGUGGAUAAAAAGCUUCCGAAUGGCUUCCUGGAGGAACAAGGAGAGCAGAGAGUGGUCCUCCUGCCCAGGUCGCCCUCGCCCUCCAAGAGGUACUUCCCCAUCCCCUUGGACUCGCUGGAGGAGGAGUACCGCCUGCGCUCGGCCGACGACGGCAAGCUCUUCCGCGAGGAGUUCAACUCGCUGCCGUGUUACCACCCCCACGGCACCGUGGAGGAGGCCAGCAAGGAGCACAACAGGGACAAGAACAGAUACCCCAACAUCUUGCCAUACGACCAUUCCAGGGUGCUGCUCGGCAGCCAUAUCGGACGCCCGUGCUCGGACUACAUCAACGCCUCUUACAUCGACGGCUUCAAGCAGAAGAAGAAAUUCAUCGCAGCUCAAGGUCCAAAGCUGGAGACGGUGGCCGACUUCUGGCGGAUGAUUUGGGAGCAGAAGACCGCCACCAUAGUGAUGCUGACCAAUCUGAAAGAAAGAAAAGAGGAUAAGUGUUAUCAGUACUGGCCGGAGAAAGGCUGCCGGCUGCACGGCAACAUGCGAGUGACCACGGAGGACGUGACCGUGCUGGUGGACUACACCCUCCGCAAGUUCUGCGUCCAAUACGUUUUAGAGCUGCACCCUAAUGGUUCUCACGAUUGCCCCUGCAAUAACACCCUGACUGAGUACACAGCUUGA